AUGGAUGCGAGAUUGGUCCCCAUCGUGGUAGGCGUCGGCGAUGCCUUGAAUCGAUCCAGAAAGCCAGAAGAAGCGGUGGAGCCUCUGAAAUUGAUGAUUCAGGCCAUCGAGACGGCAUUUCAAGAUACAAACCUCUCACCCUCUGCAGCAACACAGCUCCGAGAGAGUGUCGAGAGUAUCGAUGUCGUCCGCAGCUGGACGUGGCCCUAUCCCGACCUCCCAGACCUUCUCUGUCAUCAUCUAGGCAUCGCGCCAAAGCAUAAGCACUACCACCCUUUCAACUCAGGCAGUACGCCAGGCAUGUUCUUCGAUGAAGCCUCUCGCAGGAUAUCUCUCGGAGAUGCAAAAGUCGCCAUUCUGACGGGCGGUGAAGCUCUCGCGUCUCUGAGGGCGUGUUUGGCCGCCAAAAUCAUGCCACCCCCGGGCUGGACCACCAUUGAGAAGACCAUUCGUGCUGUCGAAGACCCGACCACACGAGAGCUGCAGAAAAGUUGGUUGACAGCCGGCUUGCAUUCUGACAUGGUUAUUAACAAUGCUCCAGAUGUUGCCGGGCGCCAUCAAAUUGGAGCACCCAUCCAAGGGUAUCCGCUCUUCGAGAAUGGGUUCAGAGCGCAUCGCGGCCAGACCAUCUUGGACAACUUCCAAGAGUCAGCCAAUCUAUACGGAGAAUUUGCCGCCGUCGCCCGAAAGAAUCCAAAUGCUUGGUUCUACGGAAACUCCGAAACCGCCGAGUCGAUCAAAACAGCCCGAAUGCUGAUCAGUGCAGACCCUCUCUUGAUGAACGCGAUGAACGCAGUUAAUAUCGGAGCCGCCAUUCUGUUAACUUCGACCGAUUACGCAAGAGAACUAGGAAUUCCCGAGGAGAAAUGGAUCUAUGCUUUGGGUGGCGCCGGCACCAGGGACAGCUUGAACUUCUGGGAACGCCCCAACUUCUACUCAAGCCCCUCGAUCUCCGUGUCGUUAGACGCCGCCAUUGCCGCCUCCACCGUGAAUAAGGAAGAUGUCGAUCUUUACGACUUCUACUCAUGUUUUCCUAUCGUGCCGAAGAUCGCCUCCAGUCACCUAGACAUUCCCAUUCCUGACCCGAAGCAUCCGGUCACGCUCCUUGGAGGCCUGACCUUUUUCGGUGGCGCAGGCAACAACUAUUCAAUGCAUGCUCUAACAGAAAUGGUGCGAGCACUCCGCGCCGGCAGAGGCAAGGUCGGGCUCGUCCUCGCCAACGGUGGGAUCAUGACUUACCAGCAUGUCGUUCUUUUGUCGACCCAGCCACGUCGAGACGAAUCACCGUAUCCUAAAAGACCACCACUUGCCGAAGUCGUUGUUGAUGCGCAGCCUCCAGCCGUUGAAGAACGAGCAAAUGGCGCUGCGGUUGUUGAGACCUACACGGUCGACUUUGGCCGCGAUUCGCUUCCCCUCCGAGGACAUAUAAUCGGUCGAUUGACGGACAACAACCGCCGCUUCAUCGCCAACCAUGCCGACGAGUCGACCUUGAAACAGCUGUGCAGCAUGACAACGGAACCGAUCGGCAGGAAGGGCUGGUUCUUGUGGGUGUCCAAACGCCGCUUCAACUUGAAAGACAAGAAAUUAUUAGACAUUGUGCCAGCAAGAAGCGCCGAGGGUGGUAUUGCCUUCCCCUCUGGAUCCGACAAUGAGAUCAGGUGCUUCUGGCCGUCUUGGGGUGUCAAAGUCAGGAGGCUCCCUUCGGCCCUGGCCGCUCUCCAGGCCAAGUCUCCAAGCAUUGCGUCUGUUCCUCCGAUAUGGUCCGGCACGGUCAGAAUGAGCAAGAUCGGUGACCAAGACAAGAAGGGCCACCAGCACUCAACAAUACAGAGCCUCAAGUAUGGCAAGGACCCAUGGCGACCUCCAACCAGAAUCAACAUCAUCCUCCUCCAGAUUUUGAAGGCGUAG